UUUGAAAAACAGUGUUAAUUUUAAAUAUACAUUCUUCAUAAAAGCCCUCUAACUUUCUGAUAACUUGAAACAUUGAACCUCCUAUUCGGCAAAUGGAGGGGUGACCCCACCAUCGCCUCUGUUGCCUCUCGACUUCGCCUCUGGUUUGAACCACCAGAUUCAUGUAACCAGCGACAAUGCUCUCAGAGCCACGACACAUAAUACUUACGGUUAACGCUCGCUUCUAUCCAGCCCUUGGAAAAGAAUGGGCUCUGCCGCCGAGAUCCUUACCUGUGAGGAAGAAGCCUAGAAUGCUCUUUGUAGCUCAGGCUCUGCUCUCCUCCCCAUGCUUGCCGAUGAUAGCAUAAUGCUCUUUCCAGGAUGCAUGAUGCUCACAAGCGAAUCGAGCCCCACACUCAAAUCAAGCUUAACCAGUGACUCGUUCACGCCCUGGAAGACGUACGUUAUUCGAGAUAGUCACGUUCGACUUCUCGAUAGGCAUGGUCUUUGUGGAGUUGUCCGCUACAGGGUCACGGCUGAAAGAGAUUUGAAUAAUAAGGAGCGUGAACAAGCAAAAGAAAUUGUUAUCUUUAAUGCCUUGUGCAUUAGUACUUGGCAGAAAACAGACGAAGGGGAUUGGAAAAUGGCGUCCUAUCAGCAAACUCCUUGCUGAGUGGCUCUAUUCGUAUGAGUGUCUAUCUAUCAUUUGAUAGCUAGAGCAACUGGUGCUAAGGAGCAGAUCUUUGGGACUUGAAUAGCUCUCAUAAUGUGAUGACGUGUUGCUGUAGUUGGGCGCUUUUAAGACUGCAAGAAUGGUUCCGGAUAAUGUACUUGUGUAUUGAAUUACUUGACCCUUCGAGGACCAGGACCUGAC